AUGGCUGAACAACUGACAGAAGAACAGAUUGCAGAAUUCAAAGAAGCCUUUGCACUAUUUGACAAGGAUGGAGAUGGUAGCAUAACAACAAAGGAACUGGGAACCAUAAUGAGGUCACUUGGGCAGAAUCCCACAGAAGCCGAAUUACAGGACAUGAUUAACGAAGUCGAUGCUGAUGGUAAUGGCACAAUUGACUUUUCAGAGUUUCUGACUAUGAUGGCAAGAAAAAUGAAAGACACAGACAGCGAUGAAGAAAUUCGAGAAGCGUUCCGUGUGUUUGACAAGGAUGGCGAUGGUUUUAUUAGUGCAGCAGAACUUCGCCAUGUGAUGACAAACCUUGGAGAGAAGUUAACAGAUGAAGAGGUUGAUGAGAUGAUCAGGGAAGCCGACAUGGACGGUGAUGGCCAAGUAAACUAUGAAGGGUCCUGUGACCCAUCUCAAACAGCACUUAGCACAGGAACAUCUAGCAGCAUGGCUGAACAACUGACAGAAGAACAGAUUGCAGAAUUCAAAGAAGCCUUUGCACUAUUUGACAAGGAUGGAGAUGGUAGCAUAACAACAAAGGAACUGGGAACCAUAAUGAGGUCACUUGGGCAGAAUCCCACAGAAGCCGAAUUACAGGACAUGAUUAACGAAGUUGAUGCUGAUGGUAAUGGCACAAUUGACUUCUCAGAGUUUCUGACUAUGAUGGCAAGAAAAAUGAAAGACACAGACAGCGAUGAAGAAAUUCGAGAAGCGUUCCGUGUGUUUGACAAGGAUGGCGAUGGUUUUAUUAGUGCAGCAGAACUUCGCCAUGUGAUGACAAACCUUGGAGAGAAGUUAACAGAUGAAGAGGUUGAUGAGAUGAUCAGGGAAGCCGACAUGGACGGUGAUGGCCAAGUAAACUACGAAGAAUUUGUUCAAAUGAUGACAGCAAAGUGA